GGCCAAGAGCUCAACUCAGAGGCCACACGACGGCCCACAGCAGUGUACAAAGACCAAAGCGGCUUCUGCGGCGGAGGAGCGCGAGAGGGCAACGAGCGGAGGAGAAAAGCGCUUUUGGCGACCGCAGCCGAUCCGGGGGAUGGAAGCGGCGCUCGUGGAGCGGCUCGAGGCCGCGGUGACGCGCUUGGAGGCGGCGCUCGCCUCUUCUUCCUCCUCCGCGGCGGCGGCGGCGGCGGCGGCGCGGGACCUCCCCGCCGAGGCGGCGCCCGCGGAUCCGGCGAUCGCGGCGUUCGACGAUCUCGUCGGCGGCCCCCUCCGCCGCGUCUCCGCCGCCGCGGAGAAGAUCGGGGGGAAGGUCCUCGAGGCGACGAAGAUCCUCGAGGAGGCGUUCGCCGCGGAGAAGGAUCUCCUGAUCAAGGCGAAGAAGUGCCAGAAACCUGACAUUGCUGGUUUAGUGGAUUUUCUGAAGCCACUUAACGAUGUGAUUGUCAAAGCAACUGCGUUGACAGAAGGAAGGAGGCUUGAUUAUUUCAAUCAUCUGAAGACAACUGCUGACAGUCUGACAGCUUUAGCAUGGAUCGCGUACUUGGGAAAAGAUUGUGGGAUGAAUUUACCUAUUGCACAUGUUGAAGAGAGUUGGCAGAUGGCUGAAUUCUACAAUAAUAAGGUUCUUGUGGAGUACAGAAAUAAGGAUCCCGACCAUGUCGAGUGGGCGAAAGCUUUAAAGGAUCUCUAUCUGCCCGGAUUGAGGGACUAUGUCAAGUGUUAUUAUCCUAUGGGUCUCUCUUGGGCUCCUGCUGGGGCUGCAACAACUGUUUCAGCACCUCCUCCCUCAACUUCUGCUUCUUCUGUUUCUAAAGCUCCACCGGCAAAAGCGCCUGCUCCACCACCUCCUCCCCCAGCAUCGCUUUUCAGCUCUGAGACGCCACCAUCUCAACCUAAGUCAGGGAUGUCUGCAGUUUUCAAAGAGAUAAGCUCAGGCAAAGCAGUUACUGCAGGUUUGAAGAAAGUAACUGAUGACAUGAAGACCAAGAAUCGUACUGAUAGAACUGGUGUUGUCGCCACAACUGAAAAGGCUUCCCGCUCCGGUUCCUUUUCCUUCAAUAGAGUAGGUCCCCCAAAGUUGGAACUUCAAAUGGGCCGCAAAUGGGCUGUCGAAAAUCAAAUCGGUAAGAAGAACCUGAUCAUUGAAGACUGUGAUUCCAAGCAAUCUGUGUAUGUUUAUGGGUGCAAGGAUUCAGUUUUGCAAGUAAAAGGGAAAGUGAACAACAUUACUGUUGACAAAUGCACAAAAACAGGAAUAGUUUUCACGGAUGUUGUAGCGGCUUGCGAGAUUGUGAAUUGCAAUGGUGUUGAGGUUCAGUGUCAGGGUACAGCACCAACAAUAUCAAUAGAUAACACAUCAGGCUGUCAAUUGUACCUGAGCAAUGAUUCAUUGGGAGCAUCUAUAACCACCGCUAAGUCUAGUGAAAUUAAUGUUAUGGUUCCUAGUGGUGGCCCUGACGGGGACUGGGCGGAACAUGCAUUACCCCAGCAGUACAUACACAGCUACAAAGAUGGCCAGUUCACGACCUCUCCGGUUUCUCAUUCCGGUGGGUAAACUCUUUUGUACCAAUUCUUCCUCUAUAUAUUUGUUUCUUGUGUCACUUCAUUUUGUUAUGUUUUGGAGAGAGGGACUCGACAACACUGAUUGGUUUGCGGGGCUUGUUUUCUGUUAGUUUUUUUUCUGGUUGUGCCCUACGUUUUUCGUAGCCUUUUUUCGUAAUCUCUCGAUUGUUUUAUUCUUCUGUUUGGACUUUCUUGUUUAUUCUGUUUAGAAAUACAUCAAUAUAUUAUUUUUUGGAAGUCUUUUUGUUUGGUC